GGAAGCGUUGCACUUGAAGUUUUGGAAUAGUUUUGGCAGAUGAUUCAGUGCACAGAUACUUCUAUAUCAGCGCGCGAUCAUCAUCAUCAUCAUCACGUCCAGUCGAGACAUGGUGACCCGUCCCCCAUUGUAGUGUCCCGCUUGAGCCGAGGACAAGGACAUGGAGGAGGUUGAAUCGCCCCCUGCCAGAUUCAAGAGGAAGGCCUGGGCUCAGAGCCGAGACUCCUGGCAGGCGUCUGAGUCUCAGGACCAGGGCGCAAAAGAGCCGCUGUCUGCCCAGCAGCCUAUGGAGGAGAAGACUUCCACAGCCUCAGAAGCAGGUCGUAAUCCAAAUCAAGUGGAGAACUGGCUCAGGACCUGCAGGACUCCUCUCGGGGCCUCUUUGGAUGACCAGAGCAGCAGUCCGUCCAGAGGGCCGCUGAAGAAUGGCUGUAGUUUUGAAGAUGAUCUGUCACUGGGAGCUGAGGCUAAUCACCUCCAGAACAGAAAAACAGAGGCCGAUGGCUAUGAAAUGCACGCCAAGGCCAAAAGGAGCCAAUUCAAACAGAAGGGCAGAAGUAUGAACUCCACGGGUUCUGGAAAGAGCAGCGCCACAGUGUCCAGGUCGUUUCCGUCAGACCGAAGUCUUGGCUACAGUGGCGAACGUCCUCUCCGAUAUUUAUUCCCACGUAUCUGGAAAACCCACAGAUAAAAUCGGCAAUGGUGACAUGGAGACCAAUGUGCCUAAUCCGCUAAAAAAGAGAAGCUCUGCUGGAAACUUUGCUAAAAUUCUCAAGCGCAACUUUACGAAGCAGAACCUGCUGGCCUCCAUCUCGGAUGGAGAAACCAAACAGCCUAACAAUGAGAGCUCCAACAUGCGGGACGUUCAGACGGAUACAGACCACAAAACACAACAGAAGAGCUUAAAGAAAAAGGAUUCAUCUUUGGCGACCGUGACGGAGGAGGCUCAGCAGAAUAUCUCUGAUGUUUCGAUCAGCGCAGAUUUUACGUUGACCAAUGGCGAGUCCACAGACUUGCCUCUGCCUCCGGUCCUAGUGAGCAUCAGUCAGGCGUCUGAAGAGAACGAUACCUCUGAAUUGAAGGUAAACGGGUGCCAUGAGGCCAUCACGUCCACCCCAGAUAAAGAGCCGUCCGGCCUGCUGUCAAACCCACACAUCAUCCACUUGCUCGACCAGCCCAGAGACUCCUUUGAGAUGGAGGAGUUGCAGAGUAAUGAGGAUGAAACUCUUCCUGGUCCAGGCGGCAUGUCUCGAUCUGACAGCGAGCGGUUAUUGAGGACAGCCAGCCAGCAGUCUGACAGCAGCGGGUUUGCUGAGGAUCCAUCCACAGACGGUUCGGGUAAUCACCUGAAGGUACAAGAGAGCUCAGACAGCUGUGACAGUGAAACCACAGUAACAUCGCAUGCUGAAGUCAGCACACCCAUAGCAUUGGAAUACCCCAAGUUUGACAGAUUCCCAAGUGAGGAAGUUCAGCUCUACCGAAGCACAACUACCCAAUCUGCAACCAAUCAAGAAGUCCAUGACAUCCCCAAUCUCCAAAUUCCCAAUCCAAACUUGGACGAAAUUAGCACCAAUGGACUGCUUCUUUCUCCUGACUCAGAUAGGGCAUCUGUCAUUGAGUCCGUUUCCACCAUAGACUCUCAAGAAGGAAAUUCAAACAUGAUGAUAGAUCAUACAGUGGACUCCAUACUGAAAGUAGCUCAUGAGGGCAACUUAUCCCAACCUAGUCUGGGCAUAAAUCAAAAGUCUCCUGAAGAUCUACUGGAGCAAGACUCCUCAUCAGAGCUUCCAGACUCAUCAGAUCUUAAGCAGUCCCACCUUACAGCUCAAAGGAGAUCCAUGGCACUCCACACAGGCCAUCAAAGAUCAUCCUCAAUGGAGGAGGAGCGUCCUGGCCGAGUGUGGGUGAGGGAUCGGGGCCUGCUGAGGGAGAGCCAGGAGAGGAAUCCUUUAAGGAGAUCCAGCUCCCUCCCAUUAUCUUCGCUCAACCCGGCUCGCGUGGUCACCUCCAUGCGCAUCCAGCUUGGAAAAGGUUCAGUCAAGCACUGUACCCCGCCAUCAUACACAUACCGCUAUGAGGAAGACCAUUGCAGUGACCGAGAAGAAGUAGACUCCAUCUUGGAGGAGGAUGAAGUGGAUGGUUCGGGUGUCCAAUCUGCGCUCCCGAACUCUGGAUCAAAGAUGAACAGAGGAACUUCACCACCACCUCCACCACACCCUCUCGAUAUACCCCAACAUCUGGCUCGCUCCUCCACCUCGCUUUAUAGCGUUCCCGCUGACUGGCCGCACAGGCCUUUGGGUGAAGGUACAAACUGGAGCGCUAGCGUCCCUAACCUUUCUCAUUUUACAGCACCAUCCCACUUUCCUCAUCACGGAACCUUCUACUCUCCGCAACACGGAGUGUCCUACAAUUCCUCAUACCCAUCUAGGCUUCCCUUCCCACAGUACCAAAACUCGCCUUGUCCUCCACCGCUUCAAAGCAACACAUUUGUUCCACCACAGGGGGCACACUUUACACCUCAGAACAAUAUGCAUUAUGCUCACCCGCACAGUGCUCCCUACAACCCAUUCUAUCCAUCUAAUAACAUUCCUCAAGGAACACCCUAUGACCCAUCGUUGAAUAUGCAAGGCAACCCGUACCCAAACCAUGUCCCUCUUGCUCAAUCCCACAGCGCCCCUUACAGUUCGGGAUACAAUGGUUCACCUCAUCACCCUGCUGCUGUUUACAGCCAUCCGUAUUAUCCCUCACCCGCCUACCCUUUCUCAUUUGGGACGCCUCCUGCCCCUACCCCUGCGAUGGGCAGCACAGAGAUGCAGCUCAGGAGGGUCCUGCAUGACAUUCGUGGGACAAUGCAAAAUCUUGGUCAGAGCUCAUCCGUGCAUGGAGGAGACACACCCAUGGACAGGAUCGGCACACCGCGCUCCGUCCAACCGCUUUACGAGGAGCUCCAGAUGCGGCGCAGGAGUCUGAAUGUCUUCCGGACUCAGAUGAUGGAUCUUGAACUGGCCCUCAUGAGACAGCAGUCUUUGGUCUACCAGCAUCUCAGUCCAGAAGAGAGGCGGGAGGCAGAGCAGCUUCAGACGCUGCGGACUGCAGUCAGGCAGGAGCUGCAGGAGCUGGAGCUGCAAUUGGAGGAUCGGCUGCUCUCUAUCAAUGAACAAAUGCGCAACAGCUCGCAACACAUCGGCUUCUACCGACACCACAUGGGCAUGCACAGAGGUCACAGCAUGGAAAGCCUGUCUAAUUCUUCAGCACUGAGGGCCAUGGAGCCGGUGACGGAUCUUCUGAAGGAGCAAUUGUACCUUCAGUCUGAGCUGGCAUAUGAGGCUGCAACCCCCAGUUCAGGCCGUUCAUCGAGGGCGUCCAGUCCUGUCAGAUUCAACCGAACACUGGAGUCUUGCUCUCCAUCCCCACAGAGAGCCAGCGUUUACCGGGCCACCCUCAACCUCAUGCCCACCCUACCUCCACGGCCGGGGAUGGAAGCUCCUCGGGAUGUUUCUCCUGAGAGGAUGGAGUCAAACCCGACACCCACUUCUCUGGAGGUCAGCAGAGAUGAGGACGAGGUGUCACUGGAUGGUCAUGGGAGCAGGACGGCCGAAGAUUGCAGUCCCACAGAGUGGAGGAGUAGAAGUAGAGGAAAUGGAGACCUGCAGCAUCUCAUAAAGGAGAUUAAAGAAAGCAUCGCACAUGAAAUCCGGCAGGAGAUCGUGAAUGAGCUUCUGGCUGCCGUGUCGCCACACAGAUCUCCUCUUCCAGCAAGGCAGCCCCCUGUGUGAGCAGCAUAUAACAGAGGAUGGAGCAGGUGAAGACGAAGAAAACCCUGUGAAAUAGUCACAACGAACACUGGUUAAAGCUUUGCACUGAGAACGGCCCAGCACCUCUCUCUGGUUCUGCCUGUGAAGCCCUUCCAGACUCCACCGCUUCAGGGAAUCUGCUUAAACCAAUCCAGAUCCCACAUUUACCGCGGUUGAUAUCGUCCAAUUCCACUAAAGGGGCACACAGCUUACUGUGGUAUCUGUCUGGUACAUAUUAUGGAAAUGUAAUGAAUCUUUUGGGAUGUAUUUAAGUAUGUGAUGCAGGUCUUGUCGGAUGUUUGCAGACUUGUCGGGUGAUUCAAAGUUUUCUGUGUGAGUGCGUCUUUGUCUGUCUAGGAUAAAAUGUCUACUGUAAUCAGAUUUGUUUUCUAAUUCAGCCUCUGUGAGGAACUAACUGUGCAAUACAUUUAACUCUCUAUCUUUCUCUCUCUCUCAAACUUGAACUGACCAAUCACAACUACUGUUCUACCCAAAAUGCACACGGCUGUCUUUAUUUCUGUUGAUGGUCUAUCACAUACUGUAUGUGUAGAUGAGACACUUAAAAGCACAUUCAUAAACAUAAUGUCCUGUGAGAAGAAAAAGCACUAAUUUCUCUUUAUAUACAAGUAUAUUUACACACACUAGCUAGCACGCCUUUAAAAGAUAUUGUUAUUCUUGUAAACAGCAGUGGAUGGUCUGUCAGAUCUGCUGUCUUCUGAUGAGGAUUUAAAGCGUUUGACUUGAGUGUGAAUGAUUUUUUUUUCUUUUUUUUUAUGUCUGAGCUGUAAUGAAUUGUAAUACUAAUUGAUUUAUGCGACUAAGGGGAUGUGUUCCUUUUUCGCCUGGGAUGCAUGAGGGAUAAUCUUUAAUGCAAAUCAUUAAUAAAGAUUUAUUUAUUUUGUUCAUCA